AUGUAUUUGCCCGAGGGCAUGCCCCUCGAAGAUGCUCUCAAACUCUUCACCGCCGGUGAUCUCCUCAAACUCACCAAGGCAAUCACCGAUCUCGAUGAUGUCGCUCUGCUCCUGAAUAAGAGCUGGGAGAAGGACAUCGAGAUGACGUACAUCGACAACGCUGAGCGCGAGAAGGCCAAGUAUGCUUUUGACUCUAUCUGA